GAAGAUGGACAUGGACAUCAUGCAGGCCUUUCAGGAGGGACUGAGCUGCGUUAUCUGCUUGAAUACCAUCAUUGACCCGGUCACCAUAGUCUGUGGGCACACGUUCUGUCGACCAUGUCUCUACCUUGCAUGGGAAAAAGCCUACAUUCCUGCCAGGUGUCCGGUCUGCAGGGCUCCAUCCAAGUGGACAAACCUCAAAACCAACAUCAAGAUGAAGCAUAUGGUGUCCAUUGCUAGAAAAGCCCGCCUCCAGCAGUUCCUGAGCUCUGAGGAACACAGGUGUGAGACACACCAGGAGCCCAAGCAGGUGUUCUGUGAGGUGGAAAGCACGUUGCUGUGUAAGCUCUGCUCUCAGUCUCCUGAGCACCAGGCUCAUGAAUACAGAAGAUCCAACAAGAAUAUGUUUGACAUACUGCUGCCACAAUUACAGGAGGAGGCAAAGAAACAUUCAGAGAGACUUAUCAAGGAAAACCGGGUGACUUUACAGCGACUGAAAGCAACAAAAAGAUGUGAGUCAUUGUUGGUAUAUAUGCCCCAUUUAAGGAAUCCAAGGCUCCGUGCUCUUCCCAUCUCUGGACUGAUGGAUGAACUC